UUUCACUCAAGUCAAAAUACCCUCAGCGCACUAUCACGGUAAAAGAUUCCUUUGGCCCUCAGUGAUCGCCUGUUUAUUCCACGAUGAAAUGUCUCACCUCGACAAACGUCCCACUUUACUUCUUAUUAGCGUUUUUCGUCUGUUCGGUAUUCCUUUACUUCCUUGGAGCGGCUGAAACCACAAGAAGUCUAGGUGGAGGACAGAGAGUUCUUAAAGAUAACAAGACCAUGGGUAUGCCACACAUCCUCAAGCGACUGAAAUCCUUGGAAGAUAAAAUGGAAGCGUUGCUGAAACCAGGAUCACACGACUCGUGGAUUUUGGCCUAUCUAUUAGGACUCCAUGGUAGAAGUAACAAACAAAGCUUGAUGGGACCACCUGGUCCACCUGGACCUCCUGGAAAACCUGGACAAGUUGGGCCAAAAGGAGAGGAAGGAAAAUCUGUUGCAGGUUCCCCAGGUCCUAAGGGGGAACGCGGAAGAGUUGGAAGACCUGGGGCCAAAGGAGACACGGGACAACCUGGGAAGUCUGGAGUAAAGUACGUUCGCUGGGGAAGAACCACGUGUCGAAGUGGUUCUCAAAUUGUCUACAAAGGAUUGAUAGGUGGUGACAGGUACUCACACCAAGGCGGUGGUGUGAACUAUCUCUGUCUUCCAAGCAGUCCAAAGUAUGACAAGUACAAAGACGGAUGGCAGAACGCGGGGUACGUGUAUGGUACUGAGUAUGAAGUAAGGCCUUUCAACCCUUUUAAGAAAUCCCUUCAUAACCAUGAUGCACCGUGCGUGGUAUGUUUUGUCAAGUCACGUGGCUCAAUGCUUAUGAUGCCCGCAAGGAAUGAUUGUCCAUCUGGUUGGACCGAGGAGUAUCAUGGAUACCUUAUGACUGAGAAGCAUGGUUACAAGAAGCAGCGCGACUAUAUAUGUGUAGACGAGGACGCGGAGGCCCGCCCAGGUAGUGCGGCAAACAAAGAUGGUGCACUACUGUACCCUGUGGAAGGUGUUUGUGGCUCACUCCCGUGUCAUCCUUAUGUCGAUGGAAGAGAGUUGACCUGUGCUGUCUGCACCAAGUAACAAGAGAGCCAAUUCAAUGUUAACAAGGUGUCACCACGAAACUUUGGGAGAUCAUUAAUUUCAUAGUCCGUAGUGAUUAUUUUGUCCAAAAAAGGGUACUGGUGCUGGUUGUAUGAAUAGAAGGUAACAAUAAAGCGAAG